UUAAAUAAAAACAACAAUUUUAAAUUCUUUUUGGUUCUUUAGAUAUUUAUUUUUUUAACUAAAUUAACGGUUUCCAUUUUAACGUAAUGCCAUCAUUAACGAAAAGGUUCAGCUUUAAAAAAAGGAGAAAUGGUCCUGGGGCAGCAAACGAGGAAGGUAAUGGUGAUGGCGGCACCAGCAAUAAUUUAACUGAUGAGGAGAUAAUACCCGGCCCUCCCGCGGAGGGCGAUAUGCCGACGUUUUUUCACAUCGGCUCAUUGGCCAAGCAGUGCCUGAUAUCCGGCUAUAAAAUUGGCACUUGGCAUAUCGAUUGCACUACAAAAGUUAAAGAUAAAGUCACCUUAUUUAGUUAUGGAUCUGGUAAACCUAACUUUGACAAUGUCUGGGGCGGCGUGGGCAUGCGCCAGAAAUGGGGUAUCUGGGACUUGUUUCAGGUUUGGCAGACCGAUAACAUAAUGGGUGCGGUUGGUGGACAAUCUAAAUUAGUUGGCGGUACGGCAAAUGCUAUGUUGUGGGCCAUAUAUAAUCCACACGACGGUUCUGGUGUCAAGCUUCAAGUGUAUUCCGGCUACGAGCGAUCGCCCAUCAAGUUUGAUUUGAUUAUACCAGUUUUGAAUGUUCCAAGAUUAAUGGGCUAUGCGCUUUUACAUAUCGCCAAGAAUUGGCUGUUGGCGUUUCGAAUGGAUUAUGACAUUGCCGAGAGGGCCAUUCAGAAGCAUGCAAUAUGUGGGGGCUAUUAUAAUGGAAGCACCGAAUUGGGCCUUAAGUUCGAGGACUUCAAGGAUUGGCGUGGCUCCAUAUUUCAGCGCUUAGGUAAGCGCUGGGCUGUUGCCUUCAAGGCGGACCUUUACACCGAGGAGCCAAGACAAUAUGCUGUUGGCGGACAGUACCAGAUCAAUGAUAACUCGCUGCUUAAGGCCACGGUGCGCGACAAUGGUUUCUUGGGUCUAGUCUACCAGUUAAACCUCACAGAAAACAUUGGAAUUACGUACCACGUGGGCUUAGAGCUUAAAGAUCCCAUUAAAGGAGAGCAUAGAGUUGGUAUAUCAUGUAGUCUUAGGGCUUAAUUUAAAACAUUUUUAUUAAUUUAUUACAAGAGACAAAAUUCAUAUGUAAUCUAAAUGAAGAGUAUUGUGGGCUUGGAUUAAUUCUUAACC